CGCCCGCCCGCGGCAUGCGGACUCGGCCCCCGCCCCCGGCCGCAGCAUGAGCGCGGCCAGCGAGGGCUUCCUCUUUAUCAAAGACAUAAAGCCCGGCCUGAAAAACUUAAAUGUCGUCUUUAUUGUGCUCGAGAUCGGGCGCGUGACGAAGACCAAGGACGGGCACGAGGUUCGCUCCUGCAAGGUGGCCGACAAGACGGGCAGCAUCACCAUCUCCGUGUGGGACGAGAUCGGCGGCCUCAUCCAGCCCGGCGACAUCAUCCGCCUCACCAAGGGGUACGCCUCGCUGUGGAAGGGAUGCCUGACGCUCUACACGGGCCGAGGCGGCGAGCUGCAUAAGAUCGGCGAGUUCUGCAUGGUGUACUCAGAACUGCCCAACUUCAGUGAACCCAACUCGGAGCACCUCAGGCAGAACAAACUGGAAACGGCUUGCCGAGCGGAGCCGAGGCCGGCGGAUUCCCCUUCUCCUACAGCCACGGCCCCUGUCCCGCAGGGAGCGGGAGAGGCAGCGCGCGGGGAGCCCUCAAUCCCGUCCCGGCCACCGGCCCUCAGCCCGCCAGCCCCGCCAACGGGAGGGACCCACGCAGAGCCUUCAAGAGAUGACGGUGCCAAACGUGGUUCCACGGCUUGCUUAAACUCUACACUCUACUUGAACACUUAUUGCACUUUUGUUUAUGGUUAACUGUGAACCAGAUUGUCCUUGAUUGUUGGGGUUUUUUUAGCCUUUUGGGCUACAGAGCAAACUCAGUGAGACCUUGCUGCCUCCUUAGGGAAGCACAGAGAUCCUUCCCCGUAAGUUAAGGGGACAGAGGGAGAAAUUGGUAAAAGGGGAAGGGUAACAGUUUGAAGAGUCUCARUUAAAACUCGUCACCCUUGGGUAAAUGGCAGAAUUUUGGUUACACGUAUUUUUUUUCUGUUGGUCAGCCAUAUAGCCUUAAAAGGUCUGUAAUGUCCUGUGUGCACACUUGUGACUUCCAUUAGAGUUAGUGGGAGUUGAUCCUUUUGGAGGGAAAGUGAGAGGGCCGAAGGUGUCCUUAGGAUCCAGGUGUCCGUGGAAUGAAUGUGGCCUCUGAAAGCAAUAAGUGUAAGGAAAUGACCAGUGCCAGCAACUAAUGGUGUUUCUCUAUCAGUGGAUAGGCCACUUGGAUAAAAGCUGAAGCUCUGGCGAGUGUCUUGAAGCUUGAAUCCUGACUCCAGAAGAGCUUGUGUACUAUUUCUUGGGCCUGAAUACUUAGAAGUUGUCUGUAAAACACCAUUUUAAUGUCCAAAAAAGCCACAUCUUUUUGGUUUGGGUAGAGGAUUGUGUAUUCCUACUUGUUUUAUGUGCGGUAGGAGGAGGAUUUAAAUUAAAAAGGAUGCUGGGGAAURAGCUGUUAAUUCUGGUGUAAAGUAACUUUGGGCUUUUACAGGACAGGAGUCUCCAGGAAGGAGUGAGUUGAGGAACUGUUUGGAGGCUGUGCAUUUUGUUGAGGCUGCCUGCUCCUUCCUUUAUUCCCUUUUCCAAAUCAAUUAUGUAUUGGAACAAGCUGUUUGCGUUGAUUGCAAAGGUCCUGGCUGAGAAAUGGCUGCACUUUUGAGGUGGUUAAGCUGCUAAGCUUUUCUCCCUCCGUUUUAUAUGAAAUAUGAAUUAACUCCUAACGAAUUUACAAAAUGCUGUCUCCCUUGAGCAAAAUAGCUGCAGUUUUAUUUUUGAGAUUACAAAUGCCUUGACUCUAAGUGAUAAGAGUUCAGUGCCACACUUCAGAACAGGCUUGGAAGCUAUGGAGAUAUACUGGAUUCAUCUGUUUCUUCCUAAAGCUGACCUCUCAAAUAAAAGUUGCACUAAAUCUUCUCAAAAACACAUCUAUUUUUGUUAUUCUGCCAUAGAGAUUUCAUGGCAAAAAGCUACUUCUGAAAUGCAGAUUUUCCUGAUUAUUAAUGUUAAUUGAAUAUACUSUUAGGUUGCUGAUAUUUACAAGUUGUUUUUCCUUUGGUAUUUGUUUUUGGUACUCUGCUAUCAUGAUGACUUGUUGAAAAAUGCCUUUCAUUGAUGGAAAUUCCUUGUUCAGUCUGAAAUGGUGAGUUUUCUUUUAAGCUCUUCCUGAAGGGAGCUCUGCAGAGCCGUGUGCCAGUUUGCCUCAGAUCCAAUGCCUGCGUCCAGGUGGAACUGGCCGAGUCUGCUUGAACCAAGACCAGCAUGAUGUGGAACAUGUCAUGAGGUCACCCGCUGCUGUGGAAGGACGGUGCUAACUGGUAAACUGUAGAGCAGUGAAUUCUGGAGAGAUGGUGUAAGGAGGUGAUGUCUAACUCAGGGACUUCAGUUGCCUACUUGCCUAAGAUGUCAUGUGUAGAGCCCGGAUGCAGGGAGCAACCUCCGUAGUGUGUGUUCUGACUCGAUGGGCUUGUGAGGAGAAAGUCRGGAGGAUUCCUCAACUUUCUAAAGUGCCAAUGAUGUGUUCUAAAUGUAAAUGAAAAAUGGUACUCGCCUGUAGUAACUAAAGGUAUUAAAAGAAUGGUGCAAGUGAUGAGACAGUGG